ACAAAACAAAAGUACGUAUUGAACUUUCAGCCGGCACUUGGCGCGGCUUCGCCGGCUUGGAAACACUAACCAAAAAAUAGAAGAUUGUGUUUUAAGUAUUUUAUAAUUUUUGGAGAUUCAUUACAAAACUGUUUUCUGUACGUUACAUUUCAAGAAGGUUAUAUAUUAAAAAUGUCCAAACGGCCAUAUUUUUCACAAUAUGAAAGUCCGAAUAUUGUUAUCGUGCCUACAGUUUCAUUUUGUGGUGCAUCAGCGAAGAAAAAAAUGAAAUUAUCUCUCCAUGUUGACGAAGUACAACCCAAAAAUGGCCGGACAUUGGAAAAAGGCACCUGCAGCUCAAGUACAUUGGAAAAUAAUUGUUCAUCGAGUAAGAAUACAAAUAGCUCAAACAUUAGUAUGGCGACAAAUAACAAUAUAAACAUCAUCCACGCAAAUCCUAUAAAGCUUAACCGACUAACACAAGAUAGCAAGCCCAGUGACAAAAUAUCGAAGUUGUCCGAAAGCAAUGAAAAGUCUUCAAUGCGUGAAGAAAAUAAUAAACAAAAUAAUCUAGUUGAAAAAGAAAACAAAAAACAUAUUUCGCAAUCCUCCAUUGAGGUAGAAAUAAAUUUAGAUUCAAAAGCACAUAAGGAUAUUGCAAACACCAAAAAAAAUUCGCUCAAAACCACAAACAAAAACUCGGGUAAUUCUACAAAUAAAAAGAAAUGCAAUAACGAGGGGACUCGUCUAAAAAGUGCUGAGAAUAUUUCAUCCUCGCAUAAAGACAAAAAACACAGCAAGCCUGAUAAAAUUAGUGCUCACAAAACGUCACACGUUUCACUUCACAUUACUAAAGAAAUAUCCGAAAAAUGUGAUAAAAAUACGGAUUCUAAAAUAAGUAAGAAUAGACAUAAACAGUCCGACAAACUUAUAAAACAAGAUAGUCAUGAUCAAUGUAGGGCAGAACAACAAAAAUGUAAAAAAUCAUGUCAAGAUAAAAUUCCCCAUAAAUCGAGAAGUGAAAAAAUGGACCUUGGUAAGACAAUAUUAAUGGACGACAUUAAUAUUAAUUACGGCUCCAAUAGAAAUGAACCAAAGCAGCAGGGUUGCAAAAAAGAUCAUGCAAGUAAAUGCAAACAUAUAAUUGAAAGACACAGUGAUAAAAAAGUUAAGCAUCAUUCGAUAUCUAAAAGCAAACACACAUGUAAAACUAAAAGUACUUUAACUAACCAGGAAAAGUGCAAAAUACAAAAAGCAAGCGAGGCAACCAAAUAUAACACUAAUAGUAUCAUUAGUAAGAAAUGUCCCAGCAAUGAUCGGGAUAAAAGUAAAAAACAUAGCUCUACUAAUAAAGCCGCGAAUAACAAAACACAUAAAUUAAAAUCUUCAAGAAGUGACAGCGACAAUAAAAAUAAGAAACAAAUCCGCGCUAUGACUUCUUCAAAUCCUAGCCAUAAGGAUUCACUCAUCGACUCAUACGAAAAUUUGACGGUAACUGUUAAAACACAAAGCGAAAAACAUAAAAAUGCAGCACCGCCUAAAACAAAUGUAGUGAACAAAACCCACAAAUCAAAAAAGAUAAAACUAAUUAUUAAUUUUAUAGUCAAAAAUUCAAAUAAUGCGUCCCCGACUCAUGACGAAAGUUGUACAAAAAAAGAAGACAAUAUAUCGUUAAUAUCAAAUUCCGAGUUAAGUUUCCUCGAUGACAUAAACAUUGACGAAAUUGUCGACAGUUUAAAACAACCUAAACGUGAACCAGGUACCAAGGAGCAAGACUCGACGAAUCUCAAUAGGUCCCUGGAGGGACCAGUUAUUGUUGUUGACGACGACUCUGAUGUAGAAAAUGAUACUGUUUACAAGAAAAAUAAUGGACUUGAGAAUAGUGAGGCCCUAGUAAAGGUUUUGGAAGAUGAUAAAUUAAAAGACAUAAAACCUAUUAUAGGCAACAUUUUGACAACACAUUUCAGUAAUAAUUAUAUCGAUUUAUCAAAGGAAAGGUAAUUCAUAUAAGAUUUUUUUUUCGUUAUGCAUUACAGGGGAACUAAAUACUUAUCUUUUUUUCCAGCAACCCAAAUCCUUCUACUAAUAAUACUUUAAUAUUACCGGUAGAAAAUAUUACUAAUCGCGAGAUAAUUGGUGAGGAUAAUGAACCUAUAAUAAUACUUGACGAUGACGAUACGGUAGAAACAUUAAGCACCUGCAGUACUAUCAUUUUAGACUCGCAAAUGGAUAUCGAAGAAUGUAACGGUAUUCCGGAAAACAAAACGAAUUCCACGCAAAGUGCAGUUUAUAAUACACCAACAGAAACAAAAGCCCAAAAUAUUGAAUGUACAGAACAAAUAAGCAAAAUAGUUUCAGUUAAUGGAACCGAAAGCACUGAAAUAUUUAAAGAUCCCAUCGAGGCACAGCUGAAGAGGAUAUUUGAAAUGCCUUCUUCGGAUACAUUUGAUACUGAGGUUGACAACAAUAUUAGAGAAAAUGAUAGAGAAACCGAAAUCACCUGUAAAAAAGAGCCAGAACUAAUAACAUCUUCACCUCAGAACCAAGAGCAAUGUCCCAUAGUAUAUAAAGAUCGUGGUUCUCCAAAUAACGCACCUAAUGACAUUGAACCUUCUACAAUUAAAGAAAUAAGGGAAAUAAAUAAACCCGUUAAUAUAAACGCUACAGUUGUACACUGUCAAGAACCUAAUAUUGACAAUAAUUUCAGUAUAAAUGUAGAUGGUGCUAAAGAAACCGAAAUCACUUGCAAAGAAGAACCACAGGAAAUAACAGCGUUACCUCAGAACGAAGAUCAAAAUUCCGUAGGACACAAUUAUUGUGGAUCUCCAGAUAACACGAAGAAUGAUGAUGUUGCAUGUUCUACAUUGCAAGAUACAAGCUAUAUUGUAAAUACACCCAUUAGAAUGAACGCUACAGAUUCAGAAAAUCAAAAACCUAAUAUCGAUAAUACUAUGAGCAAAAAUGUAGAUAGUGUUAAAGAAACCGAAAUCACUUGCGAAGAGAAACCAGAAGAAAUAGCAUCGUUAUCUCAGAACGAAGAGCAACAUCCCAUAGAACACAAAGAUUCUGGACUUUUAGAUAACACAAA